AUAACAACAACGAUAAACACUUGCGCUCAGCUUUCUCAUUUCAGUCUUUGAUUCGAGAAUUGGAAUAAUAGAAUCGACCUCCUCCUGAUAUUCGUACAUUUCACAAUCCACCACUGCUUGUCGCACAAAGUUCAUCGGCAUCAUGUCUCAAUCUGGUGUUCAGGUAGACGCUGAAUGCGUCUCCAAAUUCAACGAGCUGAAGCUCGGCAAGUCGAUCAAAUACAUCAUCUACAAGCUGUCAGACGACUUCGGCACCAUUGUGGUUGAAGAGACUGGCAGUGACAAAGACUGGGACAACUUCCGAGAGAAGCUCGUCAAUGCCAAGACCAAGAGCAAGCAGGGCAAGGAAGGCAAGGGCCCAAGAUACGCAGUCUAUGACUUCGAGUACGAGCUCGCAUCAGGGGAGGGAACACGAAACAAGAUUACCUUCAUCGCAUGGUCUCCAGAUGAUGCUGGAAUCGGCCCAAAAAUGACCUAUGCCUCAUCCAAGGAUGCUCUCAAACGCGCACUGAAUGGCAUUGCUGCUGAGGUCCAAGCCAACGAUGAAGACGACAUCGAAUACAACACCAUCCUCGCCAAGUUCGCCAAGGGAAAAUAAAUCACCUUUCACGAAGCAUAGAUGUGAUAUACGAGAGACAAGAAUGGGAAGCGGGUGCUGUGUUUCGUUGGAGCGGGUAUGCUGCGCUCACUUGCCUGCGAUGACUUGAUAUGCAUAGUAGGGCGACUUGAUUGUUUCUGCUCAGCUCAGGGCGGACUUUUUCUCUUCUUCUGCAACUACACCAGGGAACAGGGGAACGGAAAG